CGUGCUUUGCGAAGAGGUCACGAACUCUGACCCUCCCUGGAGCUGCAGUAACCAGCAGAAACCUAUAUUAUUAUUUAUCUCGGAGGCCAAACUGUAUCCUGCGGAAAGGCCAAUGUUUGACUUCUCUGAUGACAAUGGAAGAGAUGAUGCACCCAAUAGUUGAACCACAAAUGCUAGAGGCUUCUCAGGCUCAUGGAAUUAUCAGUCAGGGAACAAUAAUUGGAAGACACAUCAUGGACAGCACAACACAGAGGAUACAAAUUGUCCCAACAGACAGUGGUGUUGCUUUAGCACAGCGGAUACAGAUUGUUACAGAUCAACAAACAGGCCAGAAAAUUCAAAUUGUAACAGCACUUGACCAGACUUCAACAGGAAAGCAGUUUAUAUUGACUAAUGCUGAUGGGGCUACACCAAGCAAACUUAUAUUAACACGACAGGAUCCUACUCAGGGCAAAGUCAUCUUAGCCACUCCUGAUGGAACAGGAGUGAAUCAGCUGCUGUUUGCUACUCCAGACGUUUCCACACAACAAAUCCAGAUUGUGACAGACCCAGGAUUAGCAGAUCAGUCUUCAUCAAAGCCAGUAAUUGAAUACUGUGUUGUGUGUGGUGACAAAGCUUCAGGUCGACACUAUGGUGCAGUAAGUUGUGAAGGCUGCAAGGGUUUCUUUAAACGUAGUAUUAGGAAGAAUCUGGUGUACACUUGCCGAGGGACUCGGGACUGUGUUAUCAACAAACACCACAGAAAUCGCUGCCAGUACUGCCGAUUGCAGAGAUGUAUUGCCUUUGGAAUGAAACAGGACUCAGUUCAGUGUGAACGUAAGCCAGUUGAAUUUUCCAGAGAAAAAUCAGUAAACUGUGCAGCUUCCACAGAGAAGAUUUAUAUUAGGAAGGAUCUCCGUAGUCCACUGGCUGCCACUCCAACUUUUGUAACAGACAAGGAAAUUUCAAGGUCAUCUAAUUUGCUGGAUUCAGGAAUGCUUCUAAACAUUCAGCAACCUUUUCCUAAAAUUGACAGUUCAAUGAUGUCAUCACCUGAUAAGAGUGAAGCUUGUCAGGGUGAUUUAAGCACACUAGCAAAUGUGGUCACAUCCCUUGCACACCUCAGCAAAACAAAAGUUGUGAGUGACAGCAAUACAGACCUAUCUGUUAUAGAAACAUUAAGCAAUGGAGAUGCAUCUGUCACAGAAAUUCAAGAAGAACAAUCAGCAAGUGAUAUCACAAGGGCUUUUGAUACCCUUGCUAAGGCUCUGAAUCCGGCUGAUGCAUCCUCCACAGAACAAGUAGAGACUGGUAUGCACAUUAUAUCUGGAGAUGAAUGUGGAAGCAUACUCGAAAUUGAUGGUCCUAUUUUAACAGACAUCCAUGUAGCUUUUAAGCUUACAAUGCCUUCACCAAUGCCAGAGUACCUUAAUGUACACUAUAUCUGUGAGUCUGCUUCAAGACUACUGUUCCUCUCUAUGCACUGGGCUCGAUCAAUUCCUGCAUUUCAAGCACUGGGGCAUGACCAAGACAUAACUUUAGUAAAGGCUUGCUGGAAUGAGCUUUUUGCACUUGGCUUGGCUCAGUGUUCUCAAGUAAUGAAUGUAGCGACAAUUCUAACUGCAAUUAUUAAUCAUCUGCAAAACAGCUUGCAACAAGACAAAUUAUCAGCAGAGAGAGUUAAACUUGUAAUGGAACACAUUUGGAAGAUGCAAGAAUUUUGCAACAGUAUGGCCAGAUUGUCUCUUGAUGCCUAUGAGUAUGCAUAUUUAAAAGCCAUUGUCCUUUUUAGCCCAGAUCAUCCAGGAAUAGAUAAUCCUCUACAGAUUGAAAGAUUUCAGGAGAAAGCUUACAUGGAACUGCAGGAUUACAUCAUAAGGAAUUAUCCAGAGGACACAUACCGGCUGUCAAGGUUGCUUCUGAGGCUACCAGCUUUGAGACUGAUGAGUGCUGCCAUUACAGAAGAAUUGUUUUUUGCUGGCCUCAUUGGAAAUGUGCAGAUUGACAGUAUCAUCCCUUACAUCCUGAAAAUGGAAACUGCGGACUACAACAGCCAGAUAAUCGGCUCCUCUGGUUGAACUGAACAAAUGGCAUGAGGAGAAUAGUAACACAAAUAACUUUUGUACAGACCUGUAGCAACUCAAAGCAAUUUCAAUCAGGCAAUCUUACUGCAAAACAAAGUAAUCGUGAACAAUAAAUCUGGAUUUUACCUUUUA